AUGGAGAUCAGUGUGUUUUCUGAAUUGGUGAAUAAGAGUAGGGUGGCUGAGGAUUAUGUGAGGAAGGCAGCAGCAGAGAAAGGAAGUUUGAGGGUGCCUUUUCAGAGGCUUUUAGGGAGGAACUUUGCUCCGAGAGGUAAGAAUUUCAAGCGUGGAGGCUUUGUUUUGCAGCAGACUCAGGGCCAGGAUAAUUACAGAAGGCCGAAUACUAAUGUUAAUCAGGGAAGAAGGUUUGGGAAGCAGCCACAUCAGGAUCUGAAUUGUCAGAGGUGCGGAAAAUAUCACCCUGGAGUUCCGUGUAGGUUAGGACUUGGAGUAUGCUAUUCUUGUGGACAGCCCGGGCAUAUAGCCACUAAUUGCCCAGAGAAGAAGAAGUAUGAGACUGGAUCGUCUCAUUCAUUUAUUGCAUUUGAAAAGGCCAACGAGUUAGGAUUGAAAAUGGUGGUUUUAGGUUAUGAUUUGAAAGUAUAUAAUGCUACUCAUGAAGCUAUGGUGACUAGGAUAGGAUGUCCACAAGUUCCCUUUCGAGUACAACAGCGUGAAUUUGUGCAUGAUUUGAUUUGUUUACCUAUGACUGGUCUUGAUCUCAUUUUGGGAUUGGAUUGGUUAUCCAAGAAUCAUGUUUUGCUUGAUUGUUCUGAGAAAGUAUCAGGUGAUGAUAAGAGUUUAGAGCAGAUUCCGGUUGUAUGUAAAUUUCCAGAUGUGUUUCCAGAUGAUAUUAAUGAAUUUUCUCCUAAUCGGGAAGUGGAAUUUGCAAUUGAGUUGGUGCCUAGAGCCAGUCCGAUUUUGAUUACUCCUUACAGGAUGUCACCUUUAGAAAUGGCUGAAUUGAAAGCUCAGCUGGAAGAUCUGUUGGGUAAGCAUUUUAUCCGACCAAGUGUUUCUCCGUAG